ACUCUACCCUACAUGGCACCUGAAGUCAUGAAACAGUCCGAAAACACAUUUGCAUCUGAUAUAUGGUCUGUGGGAUGCAUAUUUGCUGAGAUGUGUAAACAGGAGCCUCUCUUUGUUGGGUCAACUCCUUGGGAAGUUGUCAAACGAAUAUUUAGCUUAUUGGGCAAACCAGAUGAACGAAUCUGGCCUGGUGGGACUCCACUUAUGGAAACAGGUUUCCUUAUUGAGGACAAUCCUAAGAAUUUUGCAGAACUGUUUCCCAAUCUUGAAGCAGCUGGGGUAGAUCUUCUUUCUAAAAUGGUUUGCUACACAGACAGAAUUACAGUUUAUGAUGCACUGAAUCACCCGUACUUUGAGGAACGUUAAUUGAGAGACUUUGAUUACUCUACGGACGUGCAUCUUUCUGUUAUACUGGCAUUACAGCAAUCUGUAGUUUAGUGUUGGAGAAGAAUUGUGUACUUCCAUUGAUUGUGUAUUUUCUGAUUAAGGUGGUCUGAACACCACACCUAUAGAUACUGCUUGGGAAAUACUUUGGUUUGCUACUCUUUGGAAAUGAUUGAUAUGUUA